AUGUCACCCAGCGGCGGAGACGACCCAGAAGCUGGCCGCUUCGCCACCUCCAGGAAGAUCAGCCCCAGAAGCCCGAAGCCGAACUGGACAGACCUCGCAGGCGAAUCGUCGCUUGCCUCUGGGCAGGCAGGACAAAGGGCGCACUGCGACGGGAAACAUAACGCGCCUCCACCGCCGCCGAAGUGCAGGCUGACAAAUAGACGAGCGGUGGCGAUGAGCCGUCACUCCCCUGCCUCCGCGCCCAUUCGCUGGCUUCCACGGCCGAGGGUGCGGUCGGCGAGAGCGGCUCCCACGGCGCAGUCUGCCACCACCAGCGCGCAACGCCUGUGGCACUGA